UUUCCGGUCCCUCACAGGAAGCCGCGCUGCUUUUUAUGGUUUCUCCGGCCGCGCUUCCCGUCUGUGAGGCCGAGGCCUCCGAGGAGAAUACUACUUUUUCCUGACCAGCACCCGGAACGCAAAGACUUAGGUUUGCCUGACUUGGUGGAGGGAAGAGUUAGAGGGACGGACAACGAAGGGGCGGGACAUCCGGAGGGCUCCUGAGAGCCCCGCCCCGGAAGUGCAGUUCUCGCGGGUUCCUCCGAGUCAGGUCUAUCUCCAGCCGGCUGACGGGAGCCGAGAACCCCGGGGGUCUGAGGCCGAGCGUCCGCCCGGCGCUGCCGUCGUGACCUCCUGCAGGUCGCAUUGCCCUGAUUCCGUUGACUGAGUCUGGACGUGCGUCGGGGACGGGCUGCUCUCGGCGUCAGCCUGGAGACCGGAGCUUGCUGGCGUAACGCCGAGCGGGGCGAGGUGGCAUUUUGUCGCAUAAGGCUGUUCCCCUUGGAAGCAGUCCUGGCUUCUAAGACUGCCAUCCAAAUAACUGGAAGAAGAGCUGACAGCCUCCACGUCCUAACAACCCUGGACAGAACCCAGCAUGUCUCAGGCCACCAAGAGAAAGCACGUGGUGCAGGAGGUGCUGGGGGAGCACAUGGUACCCUCGGACCAACAGCAGAUAGUGAAGGUCCUCAGGACUCCUGGGAACAAUCUGCAUGAGGUAGAGACAGCACAAGGGCAGCGCUUCCUGGUGAGCAUGCCCUCCAAAUACCGCAAGAACAUCUGGAUCAAGAGAGGGGACUUUCUCAUUGUUGACCCAAUUGAAGAGGGAGAAAAAGUGAAGGCUGAGAUUUCUUUUGUGCUCUGCAAGAACCAUGUCCGCUCUCUGCAGAAGGAGGGUCACUGGCCUGAGGCCUUCUCCGAUGUAGCUGAGAAACAGAAUAAUAUAAACAGACAGAGUCAGCCAGAACUCCCCACUGGACCACAGCUGUCAGGAGAAGAAUCGGGUUCUGAAGACGAUUCUGACCUCUUUGUCAACACCAAUCACAGACAGUAUCAUGAGAGUGAGGAGGAGAGUGAAGAAGAGGAGGAGGAGGAGGAGGAGGCAGCCUGAGCCAGAAGGGUCCACUUCUCUACUUGCUCAGGGACUACCCCUUGGCUUUUCUGGGCUUGGACAUUCCCAGGGUGCCCUGCAGAUCUUUUCUUUUGGAUGGGGACAAGGCAUGGCCCCUUUCUGAACUGACGUAGAAGAAUUAAACCCCUGGUGGGUGCUGACUUAA